CCCCAUGGCAUCCCCUAGAACCGUAACCGUCGUGGCACUCUCAGUGGCCCUGGGACUCUUCUUUGUUUUCAUGGGGACUAUCAAGUUGACCCCCAGGCUCAGCAAGGAUGCCUACAGUGAGAUGAACACGUGCAGUAAUGUCACUUCAACGGAAAGUUAAGAACUCUCAGGCACGAAAGAGGACUUCACAAGGUAGUAAUAGCUAUCAGACUACACUCUCAGCCUGGAAAGUAACAGAGGACCUAAGUGACUCAAAGAGCAUCUCGAAACAUGGACAAAACAAUCCAGUGGAAGAUUAUGAACGUGCUGAUGAUCAAGCAGAAGGCGCUCUGCAAAUAGCACUGACAUACUUUGAGAAAGGUUCCAUUAAAACUUCACAGAGUAAAGAUAAAACCUUGGAGAAACACUUGAAAACUGUGGAAAAUGUGGCAUGGAAGAAUGGCUUAGCUCCAGAAGGAAUCGACAUUCUAUUAAAUGUGGCACUCAGUGGCAAAUUUGGGAGUGCUGUAAACACUCGGAUAUUCAAGUGUAUGAUUCCAGCAACUCUAAUAUCAGAAGAUUCUGUGGUUACGGCGGUCUCUUGGCUUUGUGUUGGCAAGUGUUCUGGUAGCACCAAGGUACUUUUUUAUCGUUGGCUGGUUGCAAUGUUUGACUUCAUUGAUCACAAGGAGCAAAUUAACUUACUCUAUGGCUUCUUUUUUGCUUCAUUGCAAGAUGAUGCACUGUGCCCUUAUGUCUGCCAUUUGUUGUAUUUACUUACCAAAAAAGAGAAUGUCAAACCAUUUCGUGUGAGAAAACUGCUUGAUCUUCAGGCCAAAAUGGGAAUGCAGCCUCAUCUCCAGGCUUUGUUGUCACUAUAUAAAUUCUUUGUUCCUACUUUGAUUUCUGUAUCUUUGCCUAUGAGGAAGAAGAUCUAUUUUAAGAAUUCAGAGAAUCUGUGGAAGACAGCUCUACUUGCUGUGAGGCAAAGGAAUCAGGGACUUCCUCCAGAACCUCUAAAGUUGAUGUUAGCUAAUGUCCAUCCUAUAAAAAGAAAAUGGAAUUCUCACUCAGUUAUACCAGUGCUAAAUUCCCGUAACUACAGUAAAGAAAGUGGGAAAAAGGGGAUGAAUCUUUCUGAUUAUUUCAGUAGCAAUGGAUCAUUUCCACUGGAACAGCUUAAAAGCUUCCCUCAACUCUUACAGAACAUCCAUUGCUUAGAGCUGCCUUCUCAGAUGGGCGCAGUGCUGAACAACUCUCUGCUACUACACUAUAUUAACUGUGUCAGAGAUGAGUCAGUCUUACUGAGGCUCUAUCACUGGUUGAGUCAAACAUUACAAGAAGAAUGUAUUUGGUACAAGGUGAAUAAUUAUGAACAUGGAAAAGAAUUUACCAACUUCCUGGACACUAUCCUCAAGGCAGAAUGCUUCUUACAAGAGGGGUUUUAUUCCUGUGAAGCAUUCCUGUAUAAGAGCCUUCCUCUCUGGGAUGGCCUCUGUUGUCGAUCACAGUUCCUUCAACUUGUGAGCUGGAUUCCUUUUAGUAGCUUCUCUGAGGUGAAACCACUUCUUUUUGACCAUCUGUCACGGCUCUUCUUUACAUCAACUAUUUAUUUCAAGUGUAGUGUUCUUCAGUGUCUGAAAGAGCUACUGCAGAAUUGGCUGUUGUGGCUUUCUAUGGACAUCCACGUGAAAUCUGUGAACAGUCCUCUAGAGACAACUUUAGGUGGAUCCAUGAAUUCUGUGUCUAAACUGAUUCACUAUGUAGGGUGGCUGUCCACUACUGCAAUGCGCUUGGAAAACAACAGUACCUUCUUGCUGCACUUUAUUUUGGAUUUCUAUGAGAAGGUGUGUGACAUAUAUAUAAAUUAUAACCUUCCAUUGGUGGUGUUGUUUCCUCCUGGGGUCUUCUAUCCUGCACUCCUCAGCCUGGAUUCCAGUAUCCUGAACCAGCUCUGUUACAUUAUGGACAGGUAUCGUAAAAAUUUGACUGCUGCAAAGAAAAAUGAGUUGGUACAAAAGACAAAAUCAGAGUUCAGCUUCAGCAGCAAGACCUAUCAAGAAUUUAAUCACUAUUUGACAGCCACGGUUGGUUGCCUGUGGACAUCCAAACCCUUCCAGAAAGGAUUAUAUAUUGACCCCAAAGUCUUAGAAAAAGCUUCAGUAGCAGAGUACAAAAACAGUUUAAAUUUAGUCCAUCAUCCUGCUCUUUUGGGUUAUGCUGUUUUCUUUCUGCUACAGGAAUGGCCAAAAGAAAGGAAAGUAAAUUUGAGCUCUAUUCGGGGGAAGAAAUGGAACUGGUAUUUGGACUAUUUAUUUUCAGAGGGGUUACAAGGCUUGAAACUUUUCAUAAGAAGCAGUAUUCAUCGUUCUUCUGUCCCCUGAGCAGAGAGCAUAAACCACCUGAUCAACAUUAAAUGAUUGUUGACAGAAACAAACUGAGCAUAUGGGACUAAAUUCCUUCCUUGUUGCUGGAGAGGUCAAGUAGCUCAACUUGAGCUUCCAUACUCAUUUCACCAACAGACUGCCAUCCUCAGGGAGUGCUUAGACUUGCCUUCUAUCCAUGGCUCAGGAGAGCCUCAAUGUGGCUAAUUUUAUUUUUCAGGAUCUAGAUUCUUUAGCUCAUUAGUGAAAAAUGACUUCAUCAUCAGGCUCUGCCUUCCACCAAAUUAUACAUAAAGAGACAUAUCUGUUAUGUGGUGGGAUUUUUCACAUUCUUGUGGACUAUGAGCUGCAUUUUUGAUGGAAGAGAGCAGGUAAAUAAUAUAUGGUGGCAGUUAAGCUACAGACAUAUUCAUGCAAAAUACUCAGCUGCCUCUGUAAAACCUCUGUGGAUAUUGCCAUUUUUCUUAUUGUGAACAACCACACCAACACCAAGUUAAGAGGAUACAUUUCUAGCUCUAAAAGGUGGCUCUAAGUAGUUGGUAGAUUUCUGGGCCUUCACUGGUAGCAGUUUGAUGAGAGAAGGAAGGGAAGAGGAUUGUGGGAUAAUCUACAUUCCUAUUUAUACCAGUUUGAUUUCACAAAACUGCUCUAUUUUGUGUGUGUGCACAUGUAUGUGUAUGUAUAUAUCCCAUUUUUUAGUGUUUAGGUCCAAAUUAACUAACUGUAACUAUUUUCAGGAAUAAUUCUGAAGCUUUUAAAAAAUUGUAUAAUAGCUAGAGUAUCUUGCUGAAAAUUGACUACAAAAUUUUGCUUCAGCGCUACUGAAUAACUGUCCCUCUUUUAAUAAAAUUCAUAUCAUUUGAAGGAAAUCA